CAGCACGGGCGAUCAUCAUGUCCGAGCAAAUACCACGCUUUCUGGGCGAAGGCCUCUCCUUUGUGCCACAAUGCGGCCAUUGUCACAAACAGGGAGUUCCUCUGCGGAAGUGCGCCGGGUGCGGAAUCAUGAAGUACUGUAGCAGGGAUUGUCAGAAGGCUUCGUGGCCGACGCAUAAACCGAUGUGCCGUUCCCAAGACGCGAACCCCAUGAGAUCUGCGAUCACGCCCGCCGAAGUCGGCCACUCGACGGGAAUAUCUCUCGCGAGGGCUGUCAACAGGUGGUCCAAGAUGCACGACUACACCUGCGACAUCAUCGGGCACGUCGAGAUGAUGCUCGACGGGAACUGGUCUCUGCCCGCAAGCGGGGAGCGGGUGCUCCUGUUCGGCCUCGUCUCGAGAACGCCUUCUGAUCCCGAUGGCAGUCCCUCCGCGGAGUUCACGGUCGACGUGCACUACAUCGCAACUCGGCGCGAAUAUGUCACGCACGGCAUCUACAUCGUUGCGUCACAGUGGGAGCCGAACGCCGUUCGGAGUCGCCAGGAGCUGGAGGCGAGCCUUCGCGCGAAGCUCGAGUCGGUGGAAGGGACGCCCAAACUAGCCGGGAUUCUGCCUAAGACGACCUAUUUGGUGGGCACCGGGAUGGUUACAGGGGGUUCAUGCAGAGUGUACUUCCCCACGGGGUAUCAGCCCGGCGCGCCUGUUGACCUGGUCACGAAAGUGUGGCUGAAGCUGUUGUUGAACAUCUGCCUGGAGACGAUCAACAUGGGUCUCGUGCUACGACCUCGGGACCUUCGAGACAGGUCGAGUACGCUCCCUCUGAUUGGCAAGUAUGUCCAGCACAAGAGGAAAUGGCGGUGGCAGUCGGCUGAGGAAUGGGCUUGGAAGGCGUUGGCGAAGGUUAUGCUAGAGAAAUAUCUCUGCGUCUAUACCCCUAGCGACAUUUUUGCUACAUAUCACAAACUUUGGCAGUAUGGUAUGCCCGGUAACCCAGCCCCGGCGGAGGAAAUGGAUUGAUUUUAUUACAACUUCAACCUACCAAACUCUAACCUUGCUACUGUAUAUGACAUCUAGCCCACGAUACUAUCUGUAGACAUCCCAAAUGGACUCGACGUCUUGCUCCC